AUGCUCAACAUUAUCAUAUUAGUCCUCCUUGCACCAUGGUUCACGUUUGUUCAUGGCCAUAGUGAGUUGAAAGCUGCUAAAGUAGCAAGAAAAAUGGUAUACUCGGAAUCACUUUUACAUUUCAACUCCUUGACUUCAUUUGGGCUGCCUGUUUCAAUGGUCGAAUAUUACAUUUCAUCUGAUGGUUGCCAUGACGUUGAAGGACUUUCCAAUAACGGCAACCCGAUAUUACUACUGAGUCAGAUGAGCACGUCAUAUAAAAAUUUCGAUUCCGGCCGAAAUGUUACAAUGACGAUUGAAAAGCGUUCUUUGAACCCAUUUGAAACUCCUAUGUCAAGUCCAAGAGGCUAUUUUGUUGGCACAUUGACAAAGUUGGAUCUAGACCCCGCAAACGAAAAGAAACUAGCUAAACAUUUUGUCCAUCGGCAUCCAGAUGCGAAACAUUGGUUGCCACAUGACGAUGAGACACAUGUUCAUGAUACUCUUUGGUUAGAAUUUGAUGUGAAAAACGUUUAUUUUGUGGGAGGAUUUGGCAGUAAUAGCUAUAUUGGUAAUAUAUCAGGAGAUGCAUAUCACCAAAAACUUAGCCAUUGUCAUGAGGAGAAAAAUGAGCCAGGAUACGGUUUGAUCCAAUCACUCAAGAUAUGGGCAAAAGUGUUGUUCACGGAAUACUAA